AGGGGAUAGGGCAAAGCCCCGCUAGUACAGAGCCUUUGCACAUCUAGGGUGUCACCAGCCAGAGCACAAGCCUUGGCCACCUUGGGAGCUCCACCCUGUGGCAGUCAGGGUGACUGAGCAGGAAGCAGAAGAGGACAGGGCCGUCUUGGAGAGGAGAAUGGGGCACAAGAAAGGAUCGGGACUUGGUAAAGUUGGAUAUCCAUGAAGGGGUCAGUGAGCUUUUCUGGUUCCUAAGGCCCUCAGGCUGCUUCUGGCACAGGGGCACCCUGACCUGCAGGGGCAGCCCUGCCUGACCCCUGUCCCUCCUCCCACACUUCCUUCCUUGCACACCCAUGACUUGCAUGACCCCAAACCUCACUUGAAGAACCAACCACCUGUGGCCCUUGAAUCCUUUUGGAGCACACUUCCUAUUGUCAUGUGAACUUUCGAAUCUGUGCCCCUGCUCUCCAGCCCAGUGUGUGCCCAGCACCAGCACCCAGCUUGGAGCCUGGCACAGAGGGGCUCUGGAAACCAAGAGGGAUCUGGGGAAGGAGGCAGAAAAGCUCUGAGAGAUUCAGAGUUGAGAUGAGGGCUUCCUUAGGGAGCUGGGAGGAACAGAAGGCCAAGGCGGCCUCCCGGCGGGGAUCCUAAACGUCUAGCCUGGGAGGGGCAUGCAUGGAGCCUCUUCCUGGGAGCUUAAGAUGGGCCAGGCUCCAAGCUCGGGUCUGGGCAUAAGGGUGUGGUGGGUGGUGCCAGUGUCAGAAGCGGGAAGUUCAGAAAUAACGCCACGACUUUGGAGAAGCUGCUGCCCGAGCGCUGGGAGCCAGUAUAUGAUUGUCACGUCCUCCAGGGCGACUGCAGCUGGCAGAUAAUGGGGCGGGACCCCUGCGGCCAGUAGCCGCAGCCCCACCAGGCCAGGCCCCCAGGUCUGGCCCGGGACCCCGCGGGAAGUGGACGGGCAGGAGCGAGCGGAGCGCGCUGAAGCAGCCCGGACUGGGGUCAGCAGGGUCACACAGCACAGCCUGGAGCCUGCCCGACAGUGUCGCCGGCGGGAAAAGGAAGGUGCGCACGGGGUUGCGGGCCACCGGGCCGCUGACCGCGCGCCUCUCACCUGCACACUCGCGCCCCGCCAGCGCACAGGAAGCGCACGCUCCGCCUCCGCUGAGGCGCAGGAAACUGCGGGGAAGGGGGGAGCCAGUGGAGGAGAGGAGACGCGGGGGGAGCCGGGGUUCCUGUCAUGUGACCCACCCCCGCUCCCUCACCGACCUGCCUUGAGUGGUGGGAGCCAGUCCCAGGAGGGAGCACCUCCGGGGGAACUUGGAGCCCUGUUCCCAGACCAAGACCUUGAGGCUCCCCACCUGGCGCCCAUAUCCCUUCUGGAAGCAGGGGUCGCAGCCGGCGCCCCCAACCUCAGCCGGGCCCGCCCGCGGGGAUGUUUCACCAAGGGUCAGUGACUUCCGGGCAGGACCCUGGGGAGCCAGAACCCCCGCGGGCAGGUGAGGAGCUGUGGGAGCAGGAACUGGAACGGCUGCGCGCCUCCCGGGCAGCCGUGCGGACUCUGCCCUACGCCAUGGUGGACAAGCGCUUUAUCCGGAAGCUGCGGGAACCCGAGGGGGUGAAGACCUCAUGCUGGCAGCGGUGGCAGCGCAGGCGGCAAAUGGCAGGACGGCGCCUGGCGGAGGCAGCAAGGAAACUGACCCAGGGCUUUGGGCUUUGGGAAGGAGCGCUCUAUGAGAUCGGGGGUCUCUUUGGCACUGGGAUCCAGUCCUACUUCACCUUCCUUCGCUUCCUGCUGCUGCUGAACCUGUCGACCCUGCUGCUCACCUCAAGCUUCGUGUUGCUGCCCCUGGCCUGGCUCCACCCUCCUGACCCAGGCCCGGCUCUGAGCUUGACAGCCCUCCAGUGCUCAGGCAGCCACCAGCCCCAGAGUGCCACCCCGAAAUUCCACAAUCAAUUUUGGAAUGUUUUAACUGGCAGGGCCUUCACCAACACCUAUCUCUUCUAUGGAGCCUACAGGGCAGGGCCCGAAAACAGCUCUGCCUACAGCAUCCGCCUGGCCUACCUACUCAGCCCGCUGGCCUGCUUGCUUCUGUGCUUCUGUGGGACACUGCGGCGGAUGGUGAAGGGGCUGCCACAGAGGCUACUCCUGGGCCAGGGCUACAGGGCGCCCCUCAGCACCAAGGUCUUCUCCUCCUGGGACUUCUGCAUCCGGGUGCGCGAAGCAGCCACCAUCAAGAAGCACGAGAUCAGUAAUGAGCUCAAGAUGGAGUUGGAUGAAGGCCGCCGCUUUCUUCUGGCCCAGCAGCAGUCCCCUACUCAGAGGGCCUGCCACCUGCUCACCUACCUGCGGACCAACCUUAUCAUUGGGAUCCUGGUGGUCGGUGCCAUUAGCGCCAUCUUCUGGGCCACCAAGUACUCGCAGGAUAACAAGGAGGAGUCUCUGUUCCUAGUGCUUCAGUACCUACCCCCUGGGGUCAUCGCCCUGGUCAACUUCCUGGGUCCCCAGCUGUUCGUGGUCCUGGUCCAGCUGGAGAACUACCCUCCCAGCACCGAAGUCAACCUCACCCUGGUCUGGUGCGUGGUGCUGAAGCUGGCCAGUCUGGGGAUGUUCUCCUUCUCACUGGGUCAGACAGUGCUGUGCAUCGGCAGAAACAAGACCAGCUGUGAGUCCUACGGCUACAAUGCCUGUGACUACCAGUGCUGGGAGGACGCGGUAGGUGAGGAGCUGUAUAAGCUGGUCAUCUUUAACUUCCUCCUUACGGUGGCCUUCGCCUUCCUGGUCAGCCUUCCUCGGAGGCUGCUAGUCGAGAGGUUCACAGGCCGGUUCUGGACAUGGCUAGACCGAGAGGAGUUCCUGGUGCCCAAGAAUGUGCUGGACAUUGUGGCAGGCCAGACAGUCACCUGGAUGGGCCUCUUCUACUGCCCCCUGUUGCCGCUGUUCAACAGUGUCUCCCUCUUCCUCACCUUCUACAUCAAGAAGUACACCCUCCUGAGGAACUGCAGAGCGCCCCCACGGCUCUUCCGUGCCUCCAGCUCCACCUUCUUCUUCCAGUUGGUGCUGCUUCUGGGCCUGCUCCUAGCAGCAGUGCCCCUGGGCUAUGUGGUCAGCAGCAUCCACUCUUCCUGGGACUGUGGCCUCUUCACCAACCACUCGGCUCCCUGGCAGGUGAUCCCAGAGCUGGUUGCCCUCCAGCUCCCACUCCCUGGCCAGCGUGCCCUCCACUACCUCGGCUCCCACGCCUUCAGCUUCCCCCUCCUCAUUCUGCUCAGCCUCAUCCUGACAGUGUGGGUCUCCCAGUCCCAGGCCAAUGCGAGGGCCAUCCAUGGACUGCGGAAGCAGCUGGUGUGGCAGGUCCAGGAGAAGUGGCACCUGGUGGAGGACCUGUCGCGGCUGCUGCCGGAGCUAGGCUCCAGCGAAUCUCCGGGGCCCGAGUCCCCUCGCUUCCGAGCUUCGCACCCGCGAUCAUUCUGCCCCGGCUCUCCGGGCCCCAGGAGCCCCCAAUUCGGACUAUCCGGAAUGGAUCCCACCAGGCUGAGCUCCUCAAAUUCGGGGGUCUCCGCCUCCAGAUUCCGCUUCCCCAGUGGCACCGAGCUGUAGCACCAACCCCCGCCUCCCUAGGGCUGGACCUCCUUCCACCCACUUCCCCUUCCCCAGUCUUCCUUAGAGCACGCGACUGGCCUCUGGUGACCAUCGCCCCUUGCUGGCUC